UUAAGAAUAUCUAUAUAAUAAGACAUUUUAAAUAUUAUAAAAAUUAACGUGCAGUAAGAGAUAAAUUUGUUACGCAUUUAGGCGAAAGGCAUAUUUUGACAGUGUUCUUACCAUUUUCUUAAGAAAACACGUCUUACUUGUUAAGAUAAUUUUUAUUUUAUUUCGCGUUUUUAUUGUAUAAACAAAGUUUUAUUGAAGUCAAGAAAGGUGUAGAAUAAUUACAAACAUAUGCUGAUAUGCCUCUAAUUGAUAUAAACAAUAUUUUUGGGCAAAUUUUGUGAAUUUAGUUACUGGUACAGUAAUUUACGUGACUGCCUAGUAACUGAUCGUGUGCUAGUUACCGGUACAACUCGCUUUGAUGACACGUAGUUGGAAAGUACCACUAACUGAAUCGGAAUAAAUAAAUGCUAUUAAGAUUAAUUAUAAUCACAAACAUGCCGAAAAUAAUAAAAAAGAAAUAUACACAAGAAAAUAUAAAUGCUGCUUUGAAAGACAUAAAAAAUGGCAUGUCGUUGAGAGAGGCAACACAAAAGUAUAAUGUACCGAGAAGCACGUUUUACUGCAAAUCCAAAAAUAUCUAUCCUGUGAAGUGUUCUAAAGGAUCACCGACUAUUUUAACGAAAGAAGAGGAUAACGAAAGAAGAAUAACAGAAUGGAUAAUCUACUGCUGUGAUAGAGGUUUCCCAGUUAGUAGAAAUCAGCUGCUCGAUAGUGUGCUUUCGUUAGUGUCAAAUAACAAGUCCGGUAGACAUUGGUAUAUGAAGGUUUCUGUAGACGUUAUCCAGAAUUGUGCCUCAGAGUAGCUCAAAAUUGACACGUACUCGUGCUUCAGCUACAGAGGAUGUGUUAAAAUCGUUAAUUAUUUCAUUUUAUUUGGAUGAUUAUCGUGUCCGGAUAUUGGGUCGAAGAAGUUUAGUAAUCGGGACAAGCAUUUCCUCGCGUCCGGAUACUGGUACAUUUGUAUGCUUUACAAUUUUUAUUAUUAUUAUAAUAAUUUAAAUACUUUUCAUGUCUUUUAUGGGUUAAUAGUAAGCUCUUAUAUCCCACCUUUCAUUUGGAUACAUAAUUAGACUAUUAAAACUCGUGAGUACUUAUGAAAAUUAAACAAAAUCG